AUGACCCGCGCGUGUGGCGACGGUGGCCACGAGGCAGCCACGGCUGAGCAGCUCCAGUUCCUGCUUUGCCUCUCUGCUGUCGAUCGCGAAAGCGCUACACACUCGUUCAAGAACAUUCCACACCUCGACAAUGCCUUCGAGGGCCCAAUUCCAAGCUCUGCUAUUCCUCAAUGGCCCCUGAACCCCGACCUACCUCCCAUUUCGACCAAAGCUGUUACUGGCAUCUGCAAGAUUCCCAAGGCCACCUCAUGGUUCGAUAUCAAGAAAUAUCUCAUGCAAGGACGAAUCUGGGACGCAUUCGAGGCGUCACCGUUUGCUAUCUGUGACCCGCCUCGCUCCAUCGUAGUCAAACUUACUACGCCGACUCUCCAUGACACUUCAAGUGCGAAGCGUUGCUAUAUUGAGAUUUCACGCGAGGCGUGGGUAUACCAGCACCCUCUGGCCGACCUCCAGGGAACGGUGGUGCCGAAGUGGUAUGGUGUGUGGGCCUCCAAGCAGUCCGAUUAUGAUGGCGUAUCGCACCAGGUCCUUGGUGCCGUUCUCGAUCACGCUGGCGAGCCUCUGACCGACGAGGAUGUCCAGCUCUUGACUCGUGAAGAGAAACUCCAGGUCAUCCAAAAGUACAAGCUCCUCCACGCUUCAGGUGUCUGCCACUUCUCUUGCAAGCCCAAGCACUGGAUCAAGCCUCGGGGCGCGCCCAUGUCGUCCCUCCGUCUCAUUGACUUUGGCUGCUCCCUUGUCCGUCCCAACGUCCCAGCUGCGCGUGACGAAACGAACAUUCGCACUGUUGGCCUCAUCGCCCGGUCGGUGCAGAUCUGGGAGGAGUCCGUUCGUGAGGAGAUGGCGGACAUCAAGGAGCUCCCCCUCCGCCCAGUUGGCACCUCCAUCGCGGCCCAUGCUGCCGUCCUCGACCUCCUCGCGGCCCGCCUGGAUACACUCGCUUCACGUUCCCGCUGGCCCGCCCGCGUGCCUAUCAACUCCAAGGCGAGCUUUGACGGCGACAUUGUCCACACGUCCGAGCUCAAGGUCAAUGUCGGGGGCGAGUGGUGGAUUGAGAUGACGGCCGGGGAAGCGGCAGACUAUGUGCGCAGGAAGAAGCUUCAGAUGCUGGAGGACCAUGCACGUAUCAUGGAGGGCAAGUGUCCCUCCGACCUCACGCGGGCCGUCCCCGUCCACCCACCACCGGGAUCGCAUGCUAUCAAGGCAGCAGAUAUCCGCUUCGACCCACUGUUCGCGCACCCCGUCCGCUCUGGCCCGUCAUCGGAACCUGCCUCUGUUCCGGCCCCUCCCCCCGUUGUCGCCGCUGCUGCGCAGCCCGUCGCUGCACCUGUCGUCAAGGAGGUCAAGGAAACCGCCAAGGUCGAGGGCAAGCCCACUGCACGCGCACUUGAGAAGAGCAAAGCCACAGAACCAGAGAUCAAGGGCGAGCUGCCCGAGAGUCUCAAGAAGCUCAUGGAGCUCAUGAGUAGUGGUCAGCUGGACAAGAUGGCCAUGCCGCGCGCGACCGAGGGAGGCAGUACCGACGGAACGACCAUCAACGAAGACGGUCUUCCUAUCCACGAGAUCCGCGAGGCGCUUGAUGGAACCACGCUGGGUCCCACUCCGGAACCUACGGGUGAGGGAGAAGUCGUCAACGAAGACAAGGAUGACGACUACUUCAGCCCCGAGGCUGUGAGGCGGCGCGAAGAGCUGCGUCGGCGUAUUUUCAACGACGACGACAGCGACGACGACGACGAUGAGACUAUGGACGUGGACGACAGGGCGUCGCCGAUGGACGUUGACGAGGCCGCUCCAGCGUCAGUGGCUGCGACAUUGGCGCCGGCCGCUACCCUCGCUCCUGCCUCCGUGUCGUCGGCGCCGACCACUCCGACUACGUCUACCUUUAGCAUUGAUGCUGUCUCACCGGCUGCCUCUGCGACCCUCUCGCCCUCCCGCGUGCCCAAGGGCAUCCUCAAGGCUCCCGCGCGUAAAAAGUCGGUCACGUUCGACUCUUCAGUCCCUGUGCCUCCCGACUCGCCACCCGUCAAAGACCCAAGGAGAAUGGGCUUCCCCAUCCCACUCGCUGUCGCUCCCCAGGACACCUCGUCAGGCGCCAAGCCCAUCCCCAUCCUCGGCCAGCCUACUCCGGGCCGCAAACCACAGUCCAACUCGUUUGCAGGCUUCAAGAGCGGCUUCCUCUCGGGUCCUGGAUCCAAGCCCUCGCCCGUCCCGCAGAUUGUCGAGCUGGCACCCGAGGUCGAGGAUGUGCCGGUGGAAGAGCCCAAGAAGAAGACUAGUCUCUUUGCGCAGCGUCGGCUGGAAGCAAACUCGUCGCCGUCGCUGCCCAAAUUGGCCGAUGCCAAGCCAAUGGUGACGAUGAAGAAUUCGAUUGUGGAGAACGCACCCGUCGAGCGCCAACCGACGCCUGUUCCCGGCUUGGACUUGCCUCCUGUUGUCAAAUCCGUUCUUCCCAGUGUGAGCCCUAUUGGGUCCGCCAGCCCUGCGCUGUCUGGGUCUCCUAUGAUGCCCAGCCCUGCUCCCGAGCCCGCCACGCCGCUGCCCCAGAGCCAGGCCCAGAGCCAGAGCCAGAGCCAGACGCAACCGCCCGUCAUCGUUGUAGACGACGACGAGGACGACUCGGACUAUGGCGACCUGGGCGACUUCUCCGACGACGAAGAGGACGAAUACAACCUCGACGAAGCUUUGCUCGCGCGCGAGGUGGCCCUCGAGUACCACCGCCGUCAAGCAUGGCAGCGCCCCAUUGACGAGGACGAGAUUGACCCCGAGUCGGAAGAGGGCCAGCAGGUGCUCAUGGGUGUUCCCCGCGUCUCGACCAUUACCGGCGGCGACGACUCGGACCCGUUGCGAAUUGUCAACCCGACUGCCGACGACUUGAGCCAGUUCCUCCGUGUCGGUCGCGCCGAGGACGGCGAGCUGGUCUUUGAGCCUCCGAUGGUGGAUGACCAGAGCGAAAGUGAGGGCGAGGACGACGAUGAGGCAGCGAGGGAGAGGCGGGAGAGGAGGGCGAGGAGGCACGACGUCAUGGAGCGGCUGUUGAGGGGUGAGUACGAGGACACGCCUGCUGCCCAAGACCACGCGGCUGCUGCUCGUCACCGGCAGUCUGAAUGGCAGCAGUCUCUCCCUCCUGCUGUGGCCAGUGUCGGGCCUGUCGUCGAGGAGGUGGACCCCGGAGCAGCUCCUGCCCCCGUUCCUGUGCCCGCACCAGUGCCGCCCAAGGUCGUGCAGACGCGCGACGUCGUGGAGCGUUCAGCCGGUAUCGCGGCCGCCGCUGCCGACGACCCGGCACCAGCACCACCCAAGAAGGUCUCACGAUUCAAGGCUGCGCGCCAGGGCCUGGCCUAA